AUGGUAGAUGAGGAAGUUGAGGUAGAUGUAGAGGUUAAAAGUCCGGCUGAUAAGCUCUACAUGUUCGCUAGAAGAUCACAACAUGUGUCCAAAGCCACUCGCUACAUUCAGGGAUGUGAUCUGCUCGAGGGAGAGUGGGAUCAAGUCGGAAGCAUAGUAUUUUGGAAAUUAGUUUUUGAUGGAGAGGCAAGAGUGUCCAAGGAUAGGAUAGAGAAGCUGGAUUCGGAGAAGAAUAUGAUUCAGUGGAGGGUGUUAGAAGGACCUCUUAAGAAAGAGUACAAGAGUUUCUUGAAAACGAUGACGGUGAGUCCUAAGCAAGAAGGAUAUGGAAGUGUGGUGAAGUGGAACUUCAAGUACGAGAGGGUUGAUCAUGAGAAGGUGGCUAACCUAGAGAGGCAGCUCCAGUUCUUUGUCGAAAUGACUAAAGAGGUGGAUCAAUACCUCUUGUCUCAAGAAUAG